CCUCGACGUCAACCUCUCCUGACCACGUAGAGAGAUAUCAUCAUCGUCCUCGUAACACUUACUGUCCUUUCUCCCCCCGACCUCGACCUCUUGUCGUAGAACUCACGAAAACACAAAAAAAGCAAAUCAAACCUACCCGUCUUACUUUCAUCAACCAUGUCCAACCAACUCAAGCCCAGUGAUGCCUCGAAGAGGAACCGUGGAAGCACCACUAUCGACUUCCAAACCGCUAGCACUGGUGUCGCCGCCAAGGCCAUGCGCAACGAGCUCAACCGGAUGGCCAACAACAUCCAGGACCCCGAGGCCAAGCGGAUUUUCGGGGCCGAGAUGGAAGAUUUCUUCUUGUUGUUCAACAGGUACUUGACGGAGAAGGCCAAGGGGGAGAAGAUCGAAUGGGACAAAGUGAACUCUCCUCCCGCCGAGCGUAUCCUGCCUUACCAGCAGCUCGACUCUCUCGACCCUAGCAUGCUCGACAAGCUCGUCGUCCUCCGUCUGAACGGAGGAUUGGGGACGACGAUGGGCUGUCAGGGACCUAAAUCGGUCAUCGAGGUCAGGGACGGGUUGACCUUUUUGGACCUUUGUGUUAGGCAGAUCGAGCACUUGAACGAGACUUACAACGUCAACGUCCCGUUCAUCUUGAUGUCGAGUUUCAACACUGCCGAUGAUACCGACCGGGUCAUCCAGAAGUACGAGAACCACAACAUCAACAUCCUCACCUUCAACCAGUCCAAGUACCCCCGAGUCAACAGGGACACCUUGUUGCCCGUCGCCAAGGAGGCCGACUCGGACAAUGCCGGGUUCUACCCUCCCGGACACGGAAACGUCUUGGACGCCCUCAACAACUCGGGCUUGCUCGACCAAUUGAUCGCCGCUGGCAAGGAGUACAUCUUUGUUUCCAACGUUGACAACUUGGGUGCCACCGUCGACUUGAACAUUUACCAGCAGAUGAUCAACUCGCAGGCCGAGUACCUCAUGGAGCUCACCGACAAGACCAAGGCCGACGUCAAGGGAGGUACCUUGAUCGACUACGAGGGCAACCUCCGUCUGCUCGAAGUCGCCCAGGUGCCCUCGGAUCACUUGGAAGAGUUCAAGAACGUCAACAAGUUCAAGAUCUUCAACACCAACUCGGUGUGGAUGAAGUUGACCGCGAUGAAGCGCGUGUUGGACAACGACGAGUUGGACUUGGAGAUCAUUGUCAACAACAAGGUCACCCCCAAGGGAGAACCCGUCAUCCAGCUCGAGACCGCCAUCGGUGCCGCCAUCAAGCACUUCAGGAACGCCAUCGGAGUCAACGUCCCCCGAUCCCGAUUCUUGCCAGUCAAGUCGUGUUCCGACUUGCUCUUGAUCAAGUCUGGUCUCUACACUAUGGAGCACGGACAGUUGACCAUGAACAAGGCCAGGCAGUUCUCGGGUACUCCCGUCAUCAAGCUCGGCGACCAAUUCAAGAAGGUCUCCGACUUUGAGCGUCGUGUCAAGGGAGGUCUCAACAUUGUCGAGCUCGACCACUUGACCGUCAACGGAGAUGUGCAUAUCGGCAAGAACUGUACCUUCGCCGGUACCGUCAUCAUCAUUGCUACCGACGGUAACAAGAUCACCAUCCCUGACGGUUCCCGACUCGAGAACAAGCUCGUCACCGGAUCCCUUGCCAUUAUCGACCACUAGAGUGUGCGAUCAUUGUAGCUUGCGGUUGGCGUUCUUUUCCCGGGGGUUUUGACUUAAUGCUUUUUAUGCUCAUUCAUUUUGCCUGAAUUGGUUGACUUGCAUAUAUCGCUCAGUCUCGUCGUCUGGGUCAGAGGCUUCGAUCUGAUAGUGAUAUUGGUGUUUCGAAUUUUGACGCCAUAUAUAGCUCAAUUCCUGAGACAAGAUGGCGACGAUUAGGCUGUCUGGAUUGGAGAAGCUGACAGGCAGAAAUGAGGUGAUUGUGAUAAGAGUCAAGCUGCGAUUCGGUGAAUGUCAGGAAGAAGAUCUCGAGAAGAUCGAAGCUUUCGAGGGUAGUGAUAUCGAUCCAGAUCUCUAUGAAUUUCGGC